AUGCUUUGUGGAGACUUUAUGAUGGCUCUCCAAGAAAAACAGUCACAGAGGUCGCACCCCAUCAGGCACAGUCUCCCAUGUGUCCUGAUGCGUGCUGGGACCUCAAAGGGCCUUUUCCUUCAUCGGAGCCACUUACCUGGAAAAGAGGCCGAAUGGGCCCCCCAUCUGAUCUCAGCUCUGGGAUCUCGCAACAAUGACGCUCGUCAGGUUGACGGUGUCGGCGGUGGUACAUCCACGACGUCCAAAGUAGCCGUCAUGUCCCCGUCAUUACGGCCAGACGCCGAUAUCGACUUUACCUUUGUCCAAGUCGCAGUUGGAAAAGAAUCUAUCGAUUUUUCCGGCAACUGUGGCAAUAUGAGCUCUGGAGUUGGCCCAUUUGCGGUUCAGGAAGGUUUAGUGGUCCCGAAUCCAGGACAGGCAGAGAUCGAUGUCAGGAUAUUCAACACCAACACGAAUCGUAUUAUCGUGGAGACUAUCGAGAUCGACGAGACGGGUCAAUAUAAGGAAGAUGGGAACUACACGAUCCCGGGUGUUAAGUCAUUCGGCAGCGAAGUCAAGUGCUCUUUUGUCGAUCCUGCCGGCAGCAUGACGGGGAGCCUAUUUCCAUCGGGUCAAAAACAACAGUGGUUCCACAUCUUGCCUUGUCCAUUGAUUCCUCAGCUCGAACCGUUUCGAGUCCGAGUGACCCUCAUAGACGCGGCAAACCCCUUUGUGUUGGUGGACUCGUCGUCCAUCUCAGGCAUUCUCAAGACGCUCCCUUCUCCUGAAACACAACACCAGCUGGUUGAGUCAAUUCGGCUUGAAGGUGCUGUGGCCAUGGGCCUAGCCCCUAGCAUCGAGAUUGCAGCGCAAACUCGUGGCACACCCAAGAUAGCGCUUCUCGAAUCUCCUGUGCGCCGCACGGCCAAGGACCUCGAGACACCCGACAUUCGGGUCCAGUCUUACUCCAUGGGGCUCCCUCACCCAAGUCUCCAACUAACGGGUGCGGUGUGCUUGGGGGCUGCAGUAAGUGUCAAAGGAACCAUUGCAGCAGACCUGGCAGCUCUAGUAGAUAUUGACGAGUCCUUGCCACCUACGCCGGAACGCACACCGCCACCUGAUACCAAGAUAGACCGGGAGAUGGAUGAUGAGGUGAGGACCGUCUUAAUUGAACAUAGUAAGGGAACUAUCCCAGUCAGAGUAGUCAGGAGAGGUGAAGAGGAGAUUGCUAGUUGUGCCGUUUCUCGGACGGCUAGGAGGCUUUUUGAGGGGCACGUUAUCUAUUACGCAUAG